AUGAAUAUUAUCAUCUGGAACAGCAGGGGCGCUCUGAAACCCAAUUUUCAGAACCAUGUUCGGGAACUCGCUCGUAGUCAUGAUCCGGCCAUUUUUGUGGUCAUGGAAACUAAAUUAGGAGGUGAAAGAGCUAGGGAGAUCACUGACAGACUCCCCUUUGAUGGGGCCAUACACACGGACACUAUCGGCUACGCGGGUGGUCUCUGGUUAUUAUUGAAUUAUGAUAAAGUGGAGGUUCAAGCUCUUGCCAACACAGAACAGGAAAUUCAUGUGGAGGUUAAGGUAGUUUCUAAGGCUUGCAGCCACAAUAGAAGUCUGGUUGAUUCCAUUGAUACUUUCACCAAAGAUGCUGCCUUGUGGAAUAAAAAUAGCUUCGGGAACAUUCAUGCUAAGAAAAAAAGAGUCCUUGCAAGACUCUAUGGGGCUCAACGAGCUUUAUCAAAUAGGCCGAGUGCUCCUCUUAUCGAGCUAGAUAAAUCUCUCCAUCUAGAAUUGGAGACACUUCUGGAUCAGGAACGAGAUUUAUGGGCUUUGAAAUCUAGAAUUAAUUGGAUGAUUCAAGGAGACCGCAACACCUCCUUUUACCAUAUAUCUGCUCUAGCCAGGAGAAAGCGGAAUCACAUUGCUUCGGUAAAAAAUAGUGCAGGGGAUUGGCUCACAGAGGAGAGGGAUGUUAUGGAGUAUUUUAGAACUGGGUUUAUUUCCCUAUACACAACUUCUCAUUCCAAAGCUGAUUGGGGUACCAAGAAAAUUUCAAGUUGGCAAAUUCAGCUUUCUGAGGAGGAUAAAUGCAAUCUUGCUGAGAUGGUGUCUCCUGCAGUGAUAAAAGAGGCUCUUUGGUCUAUGAAAGCUUACAAAGCCCCAGGUCCAGAUGGUUUGCAUGCUGGGUUCUUUCAAAGAUUUUGGCUUGUAGUAGGAGACUCGGUGAAGGAGGAAGUGAUGAAGGUGUUUAGGGAUAGGAAGGUCCCUGAAUAUCUAAACCAUACCCUUAUAGUUCUUAUUCCGAAAAUCCAAGGGCCCAAGACUAUUGGUAAUUAUAGACCAAUAAGUUUAUGCAACUCGGUUUAUAAGAUUAUUACAAAAGUCAUUGUUGCUAGGAUAAGACCGCACUUGGAUAGCUUAAUCUCUCCGCUUCAGGCGGCUUUUGUCCCAGGAAGAAGGGGUGUGGACAACACCAUCUUGGUUCAAGAACUUAUCCAUUCUAUGGGGAGAGCUAAAGGGAGGAAUGGAUAUAUGGCAAUAAAAAUAGAUCUAGAGAAGGCUUAUGACACACUUGAAUGGGGUUUUAUCAGAGAGAUGCUUAUGCGGUUUAAUUUUCUAGAAAAUCUUAUUGAGCUCAUCAUAAGCUGCAUCUCUUUAGUGUCUACCUCCUUACCUUUCAAUGGUGGCUGCAUGGACCCCUUCCGGCCUUCUAGGGGCAUUAGACAAGGAGACCCACUAUCUCCGUAUCUCUUCAUUCUGUGCAUGGAGUUCCUUGGGCAACUUAUUGAAGAAAAAUGCAGUGAGAAGCUGUGGGCAAAGGUUAAAACUUCAAAGAGCGGGCCUGCCUUCUCCCACCUUUUCUUUGCCGAUGAUUUGGUCCUUUUUGCUCGUGCAAACCUUGAGAAUUAUCCUGACCAAAGGGUUUUCCUAGCAGACACCCUCGGGUUCCAAACCACCCCCAACCUUGGAAAAUAUCUAGGAUUUCCUUUGAAGCACUCUAGGAGCCGUAGGCAUGAUUUUGAUUUUGUCCUUGAUAGAGUGAAGCUAAAGCUUGCAGGGUGGAAAAAGUUAACAGAAACUUCUUAUGGGGGGCGACUGAAACUGAAAGGAAAAUGCAUUGAUCUCAAAGUAAGGGAUGUCAUCACUCCUUAUGGUUGUUGGGAUUGGUCCUUGAUUCCAUUUGAGCUGCCCCAGAAUAUUAAAGCAGAAAUUCAAGGCACUCCUAUUCCUAUCAUGGCGAGGGGAGGUGAUAAACCGGUUUGGAAAUUCUCUCCAAAAGGUGGUUUUGAGAUGAGAAGUGCUUAUUUGCUCACCACAAACUCCCUGGAAGCCCCCUCCUUCUCUAGAAGCUGGAUUUGGAAAGCCCAUACUCUCCCAAGAAUCCAAACUUUUGUUUGGAAAUGCAUGCAUGAAAGCAUUGGAGUUAAAAACUGUCUAGCUGGAAGGGGUAUGAUGUUAGAUACUACUUGCCCUUUAUGCCAAUUAGAGGCGGAAACAAUUACUCACGCCUUGCGAGAUUGCAAUAUGGUUAAAGCUGUCUGGCAUCAGUUAGGAGUCCAAGCUUCUAAUAGUGCCUUUUUCACUCAAAACUUAAGGGAUUGGCUCAAUACCAAUGGCAAAUGGAUGCAGAACCAUAAUCCCACGAGCCUACCAUGGAAUGUAGUUUCUCUGUUUGCUGUCUGGGGGAUUUGGAGACAAAGGAACAACCAUGUGUUUAAGCGCAGUAGCAGCAACCCGAAUCUAGCACGAGACAUUGUAGCGCAAGCCUCAAAAUUCUUCUUGUGUGCUAAUCAAGCUAGGAGUACCAGCGGCAAAAGCAUCAGAAAAAUCAGGUGGGAAAAGCCGGAGGUAGGCUGGAUGAAUCUUAAUACUGAUGGAGCCUUGAAUUCGUUGUUGGGUUUAGUUGGUGGAGGAGGUCUGAUAAGGGAUGAAGCUGGCAGAUGGGUUGUAGGAUUUGCGAGAAAAAUUGGGAAGGCUAAUAGCUUCCUUGUGGAGCUAUGGGCUCUUCGAGAUGGCCUUUUGCUGUGCCAACAGAUGAAUGUGACUGCCCUUGUUAUAGAAGUGGAUGCAAAAGCUCUAGUUGACGCUCUCAUUAAUCCAAGCUAUUCAAAUGCCAUCGUUUAUGGUCUGUUUGAAGACUGUAGGCAGUUGGUCAACUAG